GUAUUAAUAAGCAAGCCCUUACUAGCACUAUACAUACGUGUACUAAAUCCAUACAUGUCAUUCAAUUUUGUUGUGUUACAGUUGUAGUUUUGUUGAUGAUAAAACUGUACUUUUUUAUAUCUUCUUAUUUCAGGAUAAAUAUGGCAGGUAUGGGUGAAGUCAGCACUGUGGGCGUGUUAGAGAAGAUCAGCCAGGGACACCUUGAGUGCCCGAUUUGUUUCUCUCGAUUCACAAACCCCAAGAUACUGGAUUGCUUACACAGCUUCUGCCAAAGAUGCCUGGAAAAAAUGAUGGAAGGUCAUCCUCAGCAGCGAGAGAUUACCUGCCCAGUCUGCAGGCAGCAAACCGCCCUAUCAGAAGCAGGAAUUGGGGGGAUUGCCAACCAUUUUUCUCUAAUGGCACUGGUAGAUGAGGUCACCCAACAGGAAGAGCUGGUCAAAAGUCUAAAAUCAAAGAUCAUUUGCGAGGUGUGUGAAGAAGAAGAGGCAAUUGUAAGGUGUUUGGAGUGCAGGGAAUAUCUCUGUGACUUCUGUCACAAUGCCCACAGAAGAAGCAAGAAAUUAAAGAAUCAUGAGACGACAUCCAUUGAUAACCUGCGCUCAGGAACGGCACCUUACCAAAGUCGCCUUCGGCAUGAGGUGCCUAAAUGCCCAAAGCAUCCUUCCCAGGAUCUCUACUUCUUCUGUGAGACUUGUACGACCCUGAUAUGUGCUGCAUGCACUGCUCUUGAUCAUAAAGCACCAGGCCAUAAAUUCAUUGAUAUUUCUGCUGCAGUUGCCUCAUGCAAAGAAAAGGUGACAGAACUCAUCACAGAGGCCAAACAAUGUUUGAACGAAUUGACAGAAGCAAAAGAACAAGCUCUAAAGUCAAAGUUGGAUCACAACAAUAUGACAGUGAAGAAGUAUGCUCUCAUUGCUAAAACGGCAGAUGAAGCAGUUGCUAAAAUCCGUGACAAUGAACGCCAGCUGAAAGAAAAACUUACCAAAAGUUUCAAUGAAAAAGAAUCAGGUUUUGACCAGGUUCUUGGACACUGUGAACAAAAUAUUCAAAAGGUAGAAAAAACAUUGGAGACAGUGAAAACUGUAAUGGACCAAGCCAAUAACUUUGAUCUUGUAAAGUUGCAACCAAAGCUUCUUAGAAAAUUACAAGAUGCAGCAGAUCAGGAAACACCAGCACCAGUGCAAGGCCUGACAGAUGAAGAAGUUCAACAGUGUAAAGAAAUCAGCCCAGCAGAACUUGGUAUUCACUCUUUAAAACUUUUCAUUACCAUUUUUAAACAAUCUUUCAAACAUCAUAGAAUUAGAAAUAGGACAUCACACGUUGCGCUUUUGAAUCAAAUCAACAUCAAAAAACAACAAAGCAAGUCCUUUGGGUUUUUUUUCAGAUUUACGCAAAAAAACUGCGUCGGGGAAAAACAUAAUUACAAUCAUUUAUAUUUUUUUCUAAAUGUUAGAAAUUCCAAGUUGGGAAUAAAAUAA